ACACUGACAGUUGAAGGAAGUGACAUUUCAAUUUGUUGUGUUGUUGUGCAAGCUAAGCUUGUUAAAUACAGUUUAUUUUGGUUUUACUAUGAUUUAUACAUUUAUCUAUUAGUUAAUUAUGAUACUGAAGUGACAAAGAACAUUAUGAUAUAGAUUGACCUCAUUAUAAUUAGUUUAACUCAAUAUUUACACUACUUAACGGUGUUUGUUUUGAUUUGUGUCCUGGCUGUGAAUAAUGUUGACUACAAGACUAUUUGUGACAUUUGGAUUGUGAGAGUGUGCUGAGUUUUGCUUUCAAACGGGACAUUUUAACAUGAGGAAACAAAUGAACAUGAGUGACCCGCUAGACCCGCUGUCUCCGAGCCUCAACGGAAGCUCCUCGCAGCGACCGGGCUUCAUGAGCAGAGUCCGGAUGAGACUGAACCGCUCCAGCCCCGUGUCUACUUCUGGGGAUGGCUACGUGGAGUUCGGCGAGUUCCGCGGCGCGGCGCCGGCGGCGCAGAAGGUGGGCACGUUCGCCGGCGUCUUCUGUCCCGUCGUGCUCAGCAUGUUCAGCGCGCUCGUGUUUAUACGGAUGGGCUAUCUGGUAGGCAACGCCGGCCUGCUAGUCACCCUGGCACAGUUCGCGCUGGCGUACCUCAUAGUGCUGUUCACGGUGGCGUCCAUCUGCGCCAUCUCGACCAAUGGCGCCGUGGAGGGCGGCGGCGUUUACUUCAUGAUCAGCCGCACUCUAGGUCCAGAGUUCGGUGGCGCGAUCGGCACUCUGUUCUUCUUUGCAAAUGUGGUGUCUAGCGCCCUCUGCAUAUCCGCCUGCACUGAGGCGCUGGUGGAGAACUUUGGACCUUCCGGCUACCUGGUGGCCGCGGGGCACGGCAUCCCCGACAGCUGGUGGUACCGGUUCCUGUACCGGACCAUACUGAACGCCACAGGUCUCUGCGUGAGCCUGAGCGGCGCGGCUCUCUUCGCCCGCACCAGCCUCGCCAUCUGGGUGACCAUGCUCGUGUGUCUCUGCACCGUGCUGCUGAGCUUCUUCAUCACGCCGCCUAUGGAGAUCGAGAUCCCCGCCUCCAACCCUCUCUCAGCGAACCAAAGCCGCUUCGCCAACUACACGGGGCUCAGCAUGGCGACUCUGCGGGACAACCUGUACCCGCAGUAUGGCGUGGACUAUAGUGAUGGUGGACAGCCGGUGGACUUCGCGGCGGUGUUCGGGGUGCUGUUCACCGGGGUCACGGGCGUCAUGGCCGGCGCUAACAUGAGCGGAGAGCUAAAGAACCCGUCCCGCAGCAUCCCGCUGGGCACGCUAGCAGCCCUGGCGUUCACGCUGGCGUGGUACCUGGCGCUCAGUGCGCUGGCGGCGGCGGCGUGCACGAGAUCAUUGUUGCAACAAGACUACGUGUUUCUGCUGCCGAUUAAUAUAUGGCCGCCUGCUGUCGCUACAGGCAUGUUGAUGGCGACAUUCUCCGCCGGGUUGUCCAAUCUGAUUGGCGCCUCCAGAGUACUGGAGGCUCUGGCCAAAGAUGAUAUAUUUGGUGUGCUCCUCCGUCCAGUGGUGCCCCGGGGCAACAACCCCGUGGCGGCCGUCAUCAUAUCCUGGCUGCUGGUACAAGUGGGCAUAAUGGCCGGCUCACUCAACGCCAUAGCUCAGGUGAACUCAGUUCUGUUCAUGACGAGCUACUUCGCGGUGAACCUGGCCUGUCUGGGGCUUGACCUGGCAUCCGCACCCAACUUCAGGCCAACAUACAAACAAUUCUCCUGGGUGACCUGCCUCCUCGGCCUGAUCGGCUGCGCAGCCCUAGUGUUCGGCCUCCGCCCCGCGCAGGCGUCGGGGGCAGCCCUGGCGUGCUUCUCUCUAGUGACAGCCCUACAUCUGUGGUCCCCCGCCGCUGAGGACCCCAAGUGGGGGUCGCUGAGCCAGGCGCUUAUAUUCCACCAGGUCCGCAAAUACCUGCUACUGCUCGACCCGCGCAGACAACACGUCAAGUUCUGGAGGCCACAGAUGUUGCUACUGGUGGCGUCUCCACGGCAACAGGCGCCGCUGAUGUCAUUUGUGAAUGAUCAGAAGAAGGGCGGGCUGUUCGUGCUGGGCCACGUGCGGCGCGGGCGGCUGGACGGCUCCGGGGACCCGCUCGCCGCCGAGUACAAGUACUGGCUCAAACUGAUCGACCAUCUUAAGGUAAAAGCCUUCGUAGAGCUCUGCCUGGCAGACUCUGUCCGGGACGGCGCGGCGCACCUCACCCGGCUGUCCGGGCUGGGCGCCAUGAAGCCGGAUACGGUGUUGUUGGGGUUCCGGGAUGAGGCCAGACCCAUGGACUUCUUUAGGGAGCCGUCGUCUCCGUACAAAACUGAUGAAUUUGACCUGGACAACGGGGAAGUGAUAUUCCCGAUAAGAAACAACGUGUCUGCGCGACUGUCCGCCACGGAGUAUGUACAGAUACUGUCUGACGUGCUGACAGUGGGCAAGAACCUCUGCUUGUGUCGCAACUUCCACAAGCUUGACAUGACCUUGGUCGAGAGAAAAGUCCCCUCCCUGAAAUACAUCGACGUGUGGCUGAUGUCCCUAACCAGCGUACAGUCGGAGACGUUCACGGUGCGAGCUCUGUUCGCACUGCAACUGGCCGCGGUUGUACGCUCCACGCGCGGCUGGAAGCGCAGCCGCAUGCGCGUGUUCGCCACAGAAUCCACAUCAGAGUUCCCAUCCCCCCUUGAAGAGUCAUCGUCGCCGCCGGCGCGCGGGCGCGGGGUGAAGGAGCGACUGGAUGAGCUGCUCAAGAUGCUGAGGAUCAACGCGGAGACGCAUAUUGUACCAGACUGGCCGGUGUUGGACGACGGGAGUGUGGAGCUGGGUGAAGGCACCGCGUACCUGCGCAUGCCCGACGCUUAUUUGCAGAAAGCGAACAGUAUAAUCCGGCGUCGUUGCGAGGAGGGCACGGCGGUCACAUUCGUGCAGCUGCCCGCGCCGCCCGUCAUAGCCGCAGGGGACCAUGCUAAGGCGGACCAGUAUCUUAGAGUUUUAGACGAGUUCACGCGAGAUCUGUCGCCGACUAUCCUAGUGCGGGGACUCAAGUCUGUGACCUCGACCACACUAUGAAGACAUACUUAGAUAAACAAUACAUCUAGCUAGAUAGAUAAAAUAUUUUUAUACUUACUAAUCACCGUAUCAUAUCAUAGCAUUAUUAUUCUUGUGGACUUUGGACACAAGGUCUAUGUCUAUCGGUAGAUAUCUUAGGUAUAACGUGUGGAUAAAGAAAACAUAGGUAAGUACAUGUGGAAAUAGCCGCCGUUAACUAAGUUGGACGAGAGAAGAGUAUACUUAUAUUGGACGAGAGAGAGUGAGAUAGCUUGAGUCCAUUCGUCAUGUUCAUAUUAUUUCUUUAUCUGCAUGCGUUAUACUGCGAAGGUGGACAUUUUUAUUAUUUGACCAUUGCUCGUAUUAGGUCGUAAUAAAAUCCAUCAAUGGACAAAUAAAAUCGUCAAGUAUCUCUAGUGCUUUCUUUGUCUCUGUCUAAGAAGCAAAGUUUAUCAUAUGAGGAAAAGGGACGAAGCACUUUUCAUCUGAAGUUUUAAAGUAAUAGAGAUAAUGAUAAGGUUUUAAUACUUACAUCUCAUUGGUUGAAAUAUAUUGACCAUAUUAUAUUUAUUAGGAAAUAUUAAAAUAUCUCGUAAGAACUUUAAAUUAUGACAAGAGUAUUUUUUGUAUUGAUUUUUGUAAAUUACCAAUAAAUAUAUUAUGUAACUGUGGCCUUAAAAUAUUAGAUUUUAGCUUGAAUCUUUUUAGAAAUAAGGCUGUCUGUGUUUGUAGGUACUGUAUUCUCAAAAACUAUUAUAAUAAACAGUAUUCCUUAUUUUUAACUUCAAUACUCUAUUUAAGAAUAACAAUAGAUUCUAACUUUUCUAUAAGUUACUUCAUUGACAUUCCUAGUUUUAGAGAAUAUUUUUAAUAACAUGGAAACUACACCAAUAAUAUCGCUUAUCUAUUUUAUAUUAGCUAUUUUUAUAAAUGUUUUAUCUUUAAUAUGGUGAUUGGCGACUGAGGGCCAAUUGCAAAAUAGCUUAGGCAACAUUUUAGGACGCGCCAUUUGCAAUGAGCCCACCUAAAUUUGUAUUUUAUAACAGCACAUUGUUAUUGACAAAUAUGUAUAUGACACUCACGAGCAAUGAAAAAGUUCCAGUAACAAUAGCACCAAAUUACUCAUAAAUGGAAAAGGCUGGCUUCAUGACUCCGCCGUCUGCAAUAUUGAAGUUCAGCAGCUCAUCAUAUUAACAACGUAAUUAAUUAUUAAAACGUAAAUAAUUUGAUCAAAUUCUAAAUGCACCGUUUAAGUAUUAAGGGAUAUUUGGUGUCGACAUAUUGAAAGUAGAACUUUUACAUAGCUCGUAAGUUUGGUAGAACUGUUUGAAAGUGCCUAUAACGGUGGAAUGGAUAUUCUUAGUUUUAGCGAGCUGGUGAUUUGUUAAUCCAACGUUAUACCAUGGUUAUAAGCGCGUUAUAGAAAAAUUACAGAUACCUACCUAAUUUGUAUAAUUUAUAUGCAUAUAAUUCUGAAGAAUCAAAAACUAUUGUGACUUGGACUCGACUAUGUAUGUAUACUAAGAUUAUAAGGACAAUUAAAUUGUGAUAUCCAAAAUAAAUGACUGUAUUUUUCACUA